CGCCCUCGCUCCCGCGCCCCGGCCCGGCCGCCCGCGCCGGGGCAGUCGCCCGCAGAGGAAGGCGCCGCAGUCUCCGGGCCUCGCGCCCCACUCGAGCGUCCUCAGCACCGAGGGCUCGUGUGUCCUGAGGGGAGGAGGCGAGCCAGGGGCCGGGCACUGAGCUCUUUGGCGCCCCCACCCCCGUUUUCGGAGCCCUCCACGCUGCGGCCGCUGUCCCCUCCGGACCAUGGCCGACGACGACGUGCUGUUCGAGGAUGUGUACGAGCUGUGCGAGGUGAUCGGCAAGGGUCCCUUCAGUGUUGUACGGCGAUGUAUCAACAGAGAAACUGGGCAACAAUUUGCUGUAAAAAUUGUUGAUGUAGCCAAGUUCACAUCAAGUCCAGGGUUAAGUACAGAAGGUAAGAGAUGGAUUUCAAAUCUAAAGCGGGAAGCCAGUAUCUGUCAUAUGCUGAAACAUCCCCACAUUGUAGAGUUAUUGGAGACAUAUAGCUCAGAUGGAAUGCUUUACAUGGUUUUUGAAUUUAUGGAUGGAGCGGAUCUGUGUUUUGAAAUCGUAAAACGAGCUGAUGCUGGUUUUGUAUACAGUGAAGCUGUAGCCAGUCAUUACAUGAGACAGAUACUGGAAGCUCUACGCUAUUGUCAUGAUAAUAACAUAAUUCACAGGGAUGUGAAGCCCCACUGUGUUCUCCUCGCCUCAAAAGAAAACUCGGCACCUGUUAAACUUGGGGGCUUCGGGGUAGCUAUUCAGUUAGGGGAGUCUGGACUUGUAGCUGGAGGACGUGUCGGAACACCUCAUUUUAUGGCCCCAGAAGUUGUCAAAAGAGAGCCUUAUGGAAAACCUGUAGAUGUCUGGGGUUGUGGCGUGAUUCUUUUUAUCCUGCUCAGUGGUUGUUUGCCUUUUUAUGGAACCAAGGAAAGAUUGUUUGAAGGCAUUAUUAAAGGAAAAUAUAAGAUGAAUCCAAGGCAGUGGAGCCAUAUCUCUGAAAGUGCCAAAGACCUAGUGCGCCGCAUGCUGAUGCUGGAUCCAGCUGAAAGGAUCACUGUUUAUGAAGCACUGAAUCACCCCUGGCUUAAGGAGAGGGAUCGUUAUGCCUACAAGAUUCAUCUUCCAGAAACAGUAGAGCAACUGAGGAAAUUCAAUGCAAGGAGGAAACUAAAGGGUGCAGUACUAGCAGCUGUGUCAAGUCACAAAUUCAACUCAUUUUAUGGGGAUCCCCCUGAAGAGUUGCCAGAUUUCUCCGAAGACCCUACCUCCUCAGGACUUCUAGCAGCAGAAAGAGCAGUCUCACAGGUGCUAGACAGCCUGGAAGAAAUUCACGCACUUACAGACUGCAGUGAAAAGGACUUAGAUUUUCUACACAGUGUUUUCCAGGAUCAGCAUCUUCACACACUGCUAGAUCUGUAUGACAAAAUUAACACAAAGUCUUCACCACAAAUCAGGAAUCCUCCGAGUGAUGCAGUACAGAGAGCCAAAGAGGUAUUGGAAGAAAUUUCAUGUUACCCUGAGAAUAAUGAUGCAAAGGAACUAAAGCGUAUUUUAACACAACCUCAUUUCAUGGCCUUACUUCAGACUCACGAUGUAGUGGCACAUGAAGUUUACAGUGAUGAAGCAUUGAGGGUCACACCUCCUCCCACCUCUCCCUAUUUAAAUGGUGAUUCUCCAGAAAGUGCCAACGGAGACAUGGAUAUGGAGAAUGUGACCAGAGUUCGGUUGGUCCAGUUCCAAAAGAACACAGAUGAACCAAUGGGAAUCACUUUGAAAAUGAAUGAACUAAAUCAUUGUAUUGUUGCAAGAAUUAUGCAUGGGGGCAUGAUUCACAGGCAAGGUACACUUCAUGUUGGUGAUGAAAUUCGAGAAAUCAAUGGCAUCAGUGUGGCUAACCAAACAGUGGAACAGCUGCAAAAAAUGCUUCGGGAAAUGCGAGGAAGUAUCACCUUCAAGAUCGUGCCAAGUUACCGCACUCAGUCAUCGUCCUGUGAGAGAGAUUCCCCCUCCACUUCCAGACAGUCCCCAGCUAAUGGUCAUAGCAGCACUAACAAUUCUGUUUCGGACUUGCCAUCAACUACCCAACCAAAAGGACGACAGAUCUAUGUAAGAGCACAAUUUGAAUAUGAUCCAGCCAAGGAUGACCUCAUCCCCUGCAAGGAAGCUGGUAUUCGAUUCAGAGUUGGUGACAUUAUCCAGAUUAUUAGUAAGGAUGAUCACAAUUGGUGGCAGGGUAAACUGGAAAACUCCAAAAAUGGAACUGCAGGUCUCAUUCCUUCUCCUGAACUUCAGGAAUGGCGAGUAGCCUGCAUCGCCAUGGAGAAGACCAAACAGGAGCAGCAGGCCAGCUGUACUUGGUUUGGCAAGAAAAAGAAGCAGUACAAAGAUAAAUAUUUGGCAAAGCACAAUGCAGUGUUCGAUCAAUUAGAUCUUGUUACAUAUGAAGAAGUAGUAAAACUGCCAGCAUUCAAAAGGAAAACACUAGUCUUAUUAGGUGCGCAUGGUGUUGGAAGAAGACACAUAAAAAACACCCUCAUCACAAAGCACCCAGACCGGUUUGCGUACCCUAUUCCACAUACAACCAGACCUCCAAAGAAAGAUGAAGAAAAUGGAAAGAAUUAUUACUUUGUAUCCCACGACCAAAUGAUGCAAGACAUCUCUAACAAUGAGUACUUGGAGUAUGGCAGCCACGAGGAUGCGAUGUAUGGGACCAAACUGGAGACCAUCCGGAAGAUUCACGAGCAGGGGCUGAUUGCAAUACUGGACGUGGAGCCCCAGGCACUGAAGGUCCUGAGAACUGCCGAGUUUGCUCCUUUUGUUGUUUUUAUUGCCGCACCAACUAUUACUCCAGGUUUGAAUGAGGAUGAAUCUCUUCAGCGUCUGCAGAAGGAGUCUGAUAUCUUACAGAGAACAUAUGCACACUACUUCGAUCUCACAAUUAUCAACAAUGAAAUUGAUGAGACAAUCAGACAUCUGGAGGAAGCUGUCGAGCUCGUGUGCACAGCCCCGCAGUGGGUCCCAGUCUCCUGGGUCUAUUAGGCCUCGCCCCAGAUAUCUGACACAUAACUGGGAGCCACCUCAUACAUGGAAACGCCUCUUUGUUAUCGGCCUUGUGUCAGCAGGUCGUGGUCCCUAGAGACUACCUAGUUGUAGUGUGACCUACAUUUAUAAUUAUUGUCAUGUCCGAAUAGGUAGGAGGAGAAAUACAAUUACACACUAAUUUAAAGAGACAGUAUCUUUUUUAAUCAGUUCUCCUAAACUUUAAUAAAAUGUAUCUUUAAAUGUAUGUAUUAUUCAAUCCUUUGGAAUGUUAUAUUUUUGGAAAUCAUAGCUUUUUAUUUCCAAGGCCCCUAAAAACUGCACAAAAUAGAUGCUGCUUUCUAUAAUCUAUUUUAAUAAUAAUAAACAAUGAUUCUGUUACCUUGACUGGGGGUGGAACACUACAUUCUUUUUAGAGUCUGAUUUUAUGGAUUGGAAUAUCUUUCUUUCCUUUAUUUAUUUUAAAUAAUCAGUCUAGUGAUUACAAAACAGUCAUAAAUUUUUAAAGGCCUUUUUUCUCUCUCUCUUUUUUUUUAGAAUAGUAUUUUUUUUUAAGUCCUUUAUGUAACAUCCAGAUAAUGUGAUACUGUCUCUUUGAAGCACCCUGUAAACCUUUUAGAGAUUUGAAGUUGGGUCUUGACUCUUAAUGCAUGUGGACAGUCGCGAGCGUUUAUGCCGUCGGUGUGUCUGUGUUGGACAAAACGAUCUGUAAUCUACAGCCAAGUACAUUCCGUUCACGGGGCACACCCAGGGGAAUAAGAAUCAAAUGCUAUUAUGACUAAGUUGUAAACCUAUGCACAUCCCUUGCAUUUUGGGCAACUUUAUAAAAAAAUGAUUUUUAUUAAUAAUAAUCAUGUAGUGAAAUGUGUUUGUAAUUUUGUCUCAAUUUAAUUUGUUGUAAGGUGGGAGGGGGAAUUGCUGGUUUCACCAUUUCAGAUCUGUGUUGUCUGAGAGUACUAACGUUUUAAUUAAGCAAAGAAAUGAGGAUUUUUAAUACAUAUGUAAUUGUUUUAAAGCACCCAUUUUAAAAGAAUAUACUGUGCAAUGAAGAAACCAGUUUAGGCAUUUGCUAUAAACUGAAUUAUUCCAAAAGAAUAAUCUAUAACAGCCCUGUAAAUUCCUUUAAAAUGAUAACAGGACAGUUUGACCAAUUUUUUUUAAAUACACUUCCUUUUAUGUGUUCAAUAAUUAAAUGCCUUUGGGUCCUUCAUUUCAUUUUAGAUUUGUUCAGAUUCACAAGCCGAUAAUCUUUUAGAUUUUAUAAUCCACUAGAUGCUCAUUGAACCAUCGAAGGCCCAGGAGUGACUAUCAGUUGGCAGGACAACAAAAUACUCUGCCAGAGCACAGCUCAGACCAUGCCUGGCUCCCAGAGCACAUGCAAUGCCCCCAAGGGCCACCAGUACACUAAAGGCCAUCUGUGGUUUCUCCUUCUCUUGCUAUAUCCCUUGGCACAGGAGAAUCAUCUUUCCUUGUUGCUUUAGAGACAUGAACCAUCUCAUCACCCGUCCAUGAGGUCACAUCCUUCCAAUAUAGGAGAUUCAGGCUGGGGGUUUUCUGACUCUUUGCCAGAGGUCAGUGGAAGGAUUUCCAUUAGAGUAUCAGGGUGUGUGCAGUGGUUCUAUUAACCUGUGAUCCUUGAAAAAAUACCAACGUGUUUGCUUCUUGUCAGUUAGAUGGCCUCGUCGCUUUGUGCCUUGGCAGGAUGUGCAGGGUGUGUUCUGAGCUGAACAGCUCCUCUUGAAGGACCAUACAGAGAAGACAUUUGUGUACUCUUUAAAUGGUGUCAUCCCCUCAACAUCUACUCUUAUUAAACAGUGCUGAUUUUUUUCCUCUGAUGUUGUCCUUUGUCAGUGACCAGAUGAGUCUGCAACUUACUAACAAGAUGUUGAGUGAACUGCUUCUGUUGGGGCUCCACAGCAGGGUGGCCAAACCACCAAACCCGAGACACCCUGGAUGGAGAGAGAAACCCCCAAGAGUUGUUUAGGGCUGUGUUAGGAUGGAUUCAAAUUUAACUAAUGCCAAGGCCAGGUAGUCAUCCCCAUGAUGGUAACUGACCACAAUCAGGGCUCUUCUCAGUGUGAAAGGGCUUGCUCUACCUCUUUUCCAAUGAAGCACAAAGAAGAACACAGCUAAUACUUGGGGGACAGAAAUUCCCUCCCUCUAGUAGAAACCCCCACACCCCCACUUGCCCUUUUAGACCAAAUCUCCAGAGAUGCUGAGGGUGCCUGGCUUAAGCCAUCUGCCAUGUUGAUAAACGUGGAUCAAGAAAAGAAAGAGAAGAGCAAUGCCAAAUUAAAUCUGUGGCCCUAGAAUUGAGAAGCAUUGCAGCACCGGUCGAAUCGAGAAGCAUUGCAGCACCAGUCCUUGCUUCUCCAUCGCUUUAUGCGUCCCUGGGGAAGCACGCAGGCAGGCAUUGUUCCUGCCAUUGUGCAGAUGGCAGAACUCCUGCACCCAGAAUUCCUUCUCUCUGACUUCUCUAAGAGGUCAUCUGUUCCAUUCCACUAAUGCACAUCUUCUCUAAGGCAGUGUGUUUAUGGCCUAGCAGAAAAUACUUAAAUAUCUGAAUUUGAAGUAAUUUCAGUACAUUGCUGCUGCCUCUACAUUACAGUUGUCCACUAAGCAAUCAGGAAAAUGCUGAAAAGCUUCUUUAUUGCUUCUAUUCUAUCAGCAAAAUCAUCUUUUUUCCUUUUAAAUACCAGAGCAAAUGAUUAGGCUAUUAAAUCUUAUCACUGGUCAAAUGAGGCAUAUCCUGAGGGUUCUCAACCCCACCCCAAUCCCACUCCCCACAGCAAAAAGGGGGUGUCUUUAAUAUGUUGAAUUCUUUAAAAGACGAAAUGUCCUGAUUUUCUAGUCAUAAAGCAGUAAUUAUUUUGCACAUGCAUUAUGUUCCAUUUUAACACUGAAAAGGAAAAUGUCACUCAGUUCACCUGGAAGUUUCCCAGUGUCAAAAUAACGUGGUAGCCCUUAAAAUGCAAUUAAAUGUAUCUCCUGUCAGGUGAGAUGGUUUAAAAUAUUUGCUCAGAGAGGAAAAGAAUGGAUGACCUACUUCUUGCUUUUUGCAUUCAGGAGGCCUCUUCCAAGCCCAUCCUAUUGGUGGCGGAGUAGCUAACAAUGCUGUCAAGCUCUCACUGCACAAAGGAGGCAGUAAGUGGUCCUCUUCCCCAGGUCCAAUUCCAUCUCCCACUGCUGGGGCCAAUCAGUCGGGCCUCCACUCAGUGCUCCGAUUGUCUUUUUAAAUCCCUUUAUCUCAUUACUGCAGAGGAGGGUUUUUGUUUGUUUUUAAAUCUCUUGUACUUAUCUGUUCAUUAAGGCUUCGAGUUCAUUCCUUGAAAAAGUGUAGCCAUUUGAGCCACACUCGGGGAAACUGACAGGAGAGAUGCCCAGAGUGGACACUGCCCCUUAAGGACAGGUGGCCCAAAGCAAACUCUCUUGUCUCCCACUAAUGUGAUGUCCUUUUCUUCAUUUCAGGUCAGUCUCUAAACUUGGUGCAGAGAAAACAUGCUGCUAAAGCUAGCCAGAAAUUUUCUUGACUAAUAAAUUCUUAAUUAGAAUGCCUCCCAUGCUAUCUCCUUGGAAAGAGGAGAAGGCACCUUGCAAUUGGCUUUCCAAAACAAGCCCCUUAAGGUUCUCAUCCCUCCUACUUGUUUCCUACCAUCAAACUGGCACGCGCACGCGUGCAUGCGUGUGUGUGUGUGUGUGUGUGUGUGUGUGUUGCACAGCAGGGGAAGGGGGGUGGUUGUUCCAGAACUGAACACAGCCUCCUAAUUCCAUCCUCUUUACAAGGGCUUAUGAUACUGAGGCUGAUUACGGCACGUCAUAGGUUCAAGGUCCCUGUGCGCUUUUCUCUUGCUCUGCGCCUCUUAAUUAAUUCUCCUCUUAGAAGGAUAUUUUGCUUCUCCCUGCUGUUUACACAAGGGCUACAAGCUUUAAUCAUGAAUCAUUUCACUUGGUAGAACUUUUCCUCUUCUUACACCUUUCGAAGUAAGGAUUUCCUCUCCAUUUGGUGUCUUCGGUUACAGGACUAUGUUUGUAAGGCUUAACGCUUGAUUGGUUUUGCCCACACUCCCAUAUCAGUUUGCCUUAAACCUGGAGCAGUUGGAAGUCUCAGGUCUUCCAGCUUAGUGAAGUUUAGCUGUGACAUGCGUCCAGGAAGUGGAAGAUAGGGAGGAGUGUAUGUUCAUCAGUCCACAUCCCUUUUAUCUGGUCUUUUCUCUGCCACUCUUGGGCUGCAGAAGGUGGGCAGACCCGGCCCACAGAGAGAGGAGAAGAAGGAGGGCCGUGACAUCUCUAGGACAGGCACUGCCAAGUCUUAGCUCUUCGGGGGAGAGUUGAAAAGCCAGAGCUCCCACCACCUCUCACCUGAUCCUCCAUCAACUCUCUUGAACCUGUGCAAAUGGACCAAGCAAAAGAAAAUGGAAAGAGAUGUUUGUCACCACACAGGAGACCUCAUUUCUGGCCCCAAGCACAACUCCAUAUCUGUAUGCCCAGAAACUCGGAACUUCGCUGCCACUUAUGGGUUAGCUCCAUUCUCUCUGACGCGUGGUCCAGGGAACGUGUCAGGGUUCUCACCAAUAGAGGUCUGGCGGUGACUGUCUUGGGACCCAGAGGAUGUGCAAUCUCUUAAAAGGAGUUCUGCUUGGGAGUAGAAAUUGGCGUUCCUCCACGGUGAGUGGCCCCACUUAUUGUUUUCAUUUUGAAGAGACAAAGAAUUCGGGGAAUUGAUUUCCAGUCUCAGCUGUGUCCUGGAGUGGCACCCAUGCAGGCGGAUGAGAAAGCUGCAGGGGCAGCAGGCAGGGUUCCUGAUGCGAAGGCCACACAGCCUCACGUGUUCAGACCAGAGCAUCACGUUUAAUUGCAAUGCAGGCGCAUCGCCAUUCAAACUCAGUUCUGGGGUUGUUUUGCAUAAAGUUUUGGCAACGUGUUCUUUUUUCUGUAUGUAUAAUUGCCUUUUUAUAAAAGGUUUUGAAGUAUUGUCUCAGUGAUAAAAAGAGAGCGAUGUUAAUGGUUGUUGUAUAUUUCACCGUAUCCAAUUGUAAGUAUUUGCAGGGUACAGCAAAGCCUUAGCGUGCAAGUGCGUUUGUGCAGGAGGUGUCCGUCAACACCCAGGAGGUGAAGGGAUCGGAAAGGUUCGGAUUCUCUGUAAAUGUCCCGCUUUUCUUUCUCUCUGUGCGUAUCUAUUUACAUGCCUUAGCACACGCCCUCCCGCCCUGAUCCCUUUGCCCUGUCGUCAGAACUACCAGAACGCUGGUGCACUGCCAGUCCAGUACAAGUCGAUGGAACCCUAAUCAGUUAUCUCUUGUGUGACAGGGGAGGAAGAGAAACUCCAUAGUAUUCCUUGUAGAAUAUACAUACUUGUAGGAUGCUGUGUAAUGGGAAAACAUAGAAUUGGGCUUUUGUCAUUUCAAAGUUGGAGAAAUGUAUGAAUAAAAUGUAUAAAACACGAAAA